AUGAGGAUGGAGGUUUUGUGCAGGAUGAUGAAGGCUGCUGGGGCGCUGAUGUUGAUGCUGAGUCUUCAUCACAUGUGCUUUUCUUCUGCUCAGGAGUGUCCGUCCACCCCCGACCUGCUGAACUCGCUGCGACAGGUGGAGAAGAUGUUGGCGGUCCACGAGGCGUCGUACCAGCAGGGCCUCCGCUCCCUCAGGAAAAAGAUCAGCGCUCUGCACAACAGCACCGUGGCCAUCUUCAAGAAGAGAGCGUCCUGCCCCAAACCAGAGCUCCCCACUCACGGCCGCAGACUGGGCCGGGUGUUUGGCGUUGGACACGAGGUUCACUUCCUGUGCAAACCGGGCUACGAGCUGAUUGGCCCACAGACCCGAGUGUGUCUGGAGUCCCUGAAGUGGAGCGGGCAGCAGCCAAUGUGCAGACGCUUCAACAGCACCGGUAACUCCCUGGCCGCCUUCUCUCCCGCUGCUCCCUCCUCUUCCUCUUCCUCUUCAUCCCUCCCCGCCUCUGCUGUUCUGCCAUCUUCCUCCCCCACCUCCUCCGUCCGACCGUCUCACUGCACUCACUUCCUGGGCUCCACCCGCUGCACCUGUGACGUGGGUUUCACCAUCUCAGGCCGCGACAACAACAUCUGCACAGAUAUCGAUGAGUGCCACUUGUUUCCUCUCGGUCAGCCCGGCCGCCUCUGCGUCCAUCAGUGCGUCAACACUCCCGGCAGCUUCCACUGCUUCUGUCCAGCGGGGUACGACCUCGCCAUGGACGGCCGCAGCUGCACAGACGUCGAUGAGUGUGAAAACCGGAUGCACAACUGCACAGCGCACCAGGUGUGUGUGAACACCUUCGGAGGUUUCCAGUGUGUGGCAGUGAAGUGUCCUCACAUGAAAAACGCCACGUACAUCAAGACGUCACCGAUGCGCUGUGAGAGGAACCCAUGUAUGGUGGGAGACAAGGCGUGCACUCAGGCGCCAAACUCAAUCUCCUUCCACUUCCUGUCCAUGGUGUCCAACAUGUCCGCCCCUCGCGUCCUCUUCCGGGUGUCGGCGGCUCGCGUGCUGGGCGACACGCUGCGUUUCGGCCUGGCGGGCGGCCGCGGACGGGGCCACUUCAGCGUGCAGCGCUCGGGACGACAGACCGGCACGCUCCUCCUGGUGACGCCCAUCAAGGGUCCCGCCACCCUGGAGGCCGAGGUGGAGAUGAGCGAGCUGGAGCGCAACACGCUGCUGGGCCGCUACCUGACCAAGGUCACCCUGUUCGUCGCUCCCUACGAGUUUUAG